AUGGCGUCCAAAGGUGGGAAAUCUAAACCUGAUAUCGUAAUGUCGUCCAAAGGUUCGAAAUCUAAACCUGAUAGCGACUCCAGAGCUAAGCGCCAGAAGACGCUUGAAGCUCCUAAAGAACCACGUCGCCCCAAAACUCACUGGGACCAUGUUUUGGAGGAGAUGGCUUGGCUGUCAAAGGAUUUUGAGUCUGAGAGGAAAUGGAAGCUGGCGCAGGCGAAGAAGGUUGCUUUGAGGGCUAGCAAAGGCAUGCUGGAUCAGGCAUCUAGGGAAGAAAGGAAGCAAAAGGAAGAAGAACAGCGACUUAGGAAAGUAGCUCUCACUAUUUCAAAAGAUAUCAAAAAGUUUUGGAUGAAAGUUGAGAAGCUGGUACUGUAUAAGCAUCAGCUGGUACGGAAUGAGAAAAAGAAGAAGGCUAUGGACAAGCAACUUGAGUUUCUGUUAGGCCAGACUGAGAGGUACUCAACUAUGUUGGCAGAAAAUCUAGGGGAGCCUUCUAAACGGGACCAAAAUAAUUCUCCAAAAACUCUACUGGCCAUCGAAUCAAAAAGUGAUGAGGAAAGGGCAGAAGAGUUACCUUCGGAUUUGAAUGCUUGUCUUGAAUCAGAAACUCUUGACAUCGAUGAUGAGGAGUACGCUCUAAAAUCCGAGGAUGAGUCCGAAGAUGAUGAAGAUACUAUUGUGGAGGAUGAAAAACACUUCACCAAACAGGAAAGACAGGAAGAGUUGGAAGCUUUGCAAAAUGAAGUGGAUCUACCAAUUGAGGAGCUGCUCAGACGUUAUAAGAGAGUCAGCCGAGAAACUAGCCCAGAAAAAGAUGGAGAUGAUGCUAAUAUGACUUCAGUAGCUGAAGAUCAGAUAGAAGCAGACGAGAACAAUCUUACAGCUUCUGAAGAAAUAGAAGAGAGCCCGAGUGUUCGUCGUUCUAAUGAUAACGAUGGUCAUUUGGCAACAUUUGAGACCCAGUCACAUGAACACGAGCCAGGCUCAACGACUGCCUCUGUGAAGUCUGGAAAGGAAGAUCAUACCUAUGAUUUCAACGACGAUCAGGAAGAUGAUGAGUUUAUUAUUGCCAAUGGGGACGAAAAGGACGAUGAGACGACCCUGUCUGUCGAAGAGGAAUUGGCAAAAGCUGAUAAUGAAGACCCUGGCGAAGAGAUAUCUCUACUGCAGAAGGAGAGUGAAAUGCCUAUUGAAGUAUUGCUUGCAAGGUAUAAGGAGGAUUUCGGUGACAAGGAUAUGUCUGAAGAUGACUCUGGCGAUUCAUGUGCUAUAUCUGAAGACUGUGUAGCAGACUCUCCCGGAAUCAGGCAGCAAGCUGAUUCAGAUAACGAAAAUGUUGAUUCAAUGGAGUGUAAGCCAGAUUUGCAGCCAUGCUCAGGAAAAUUGGAAGGCACAUCCAAUGAAUUAACCGAAGAGAAUGGUAUAGAUAGUAGUGAUAAAAUUGCUGAUGCAGCAGCAGCAGCAAGAUCUGCGCAGCCAACUGGAUAUACAUUCUCCACAACAAAAGUUCGAACGAAACUGCCGUUUCUUCUCAAGCACUCUUUGCGUGAGUACCAACACAUUGGUUUGGACUGGCUUGUCACAAUGUAUGAGAAAAGGUUGAACGGGAUUCUAGCUGAUGAAAUGGGUCUUGGAAAGACAAUCAUGACCAUUGCUCUUCUCGCACAUCUUGCUUGUGAUAAGGGGAUAUGGGGUCCCCAUCUGAUUGUGGUUCCAACAAGUGUGAUGCUCAAUUGGGAAACUGAGUUUCUUAAAUGGUGUCCUGCAUUUAAAAUUCUCACCUACUUUGGGAGUGCAAAGGAGCGGAAACUCAAGAGACAAGGAUGGAUGAAGUUGAACUCAUUCCAUGUAUGCAUAACGACCUAUAGGCUAGUUAUUCAGGACAGUAAAAUGUUUAAGCGCAAGAAGUGGAAAUACUUGAUUCUUGACGAAGCCCAUUUAAUCAAGAAUUGGAAGUCUCAGAGAUGGCAAACUUUAUUGAACUUCAACUCUAAACGCAGGAUUUUGUUGACUGGUACACCGCUGCAGAAUGAUCUUAUGGAAUUGUGGUCACUGAUGCAUUUUCUGAUGCCACAUGUGUUUCAGUCUCACCAGGAAUUCAAGGACUGGUUCUGUAACCCGAUAGCAGGGAUGGUGGAGGGACAAGAAAAAAUCAACAAAGAAGUUAUUGAUCGCUUACAUAAUGUCCUCCGUCCUUUCCUUCUACGUCGCCUAAAAAGGGAUGUGGAGAAGCAGCUGCCUUCGAAACAUGAGCAUGUUAUUACCUGUAGGUUGUCUAAGAGGCAGCGCAACUUGUAUGAGGACUUCAUAGCAAGCACAGAAACACAGGCUACGCUCAACAGUGGAAGUUUUUUUGGGAUGAUAAGUAUCAUAAUGCAACUGCGGAAAGUUUGUAAUCAUCCUGAUCUCUUUGAGGGCCGUCCUAUUGUAAGUUCUUAUGACAUGGCUGGCAUUGAUGUGCAGUUGAGUUCGACAAUUUGUUCUCUGCGUUUGGAAAGUCCAUUUGCCAAGGCCGAUCUUGAGGCUCUGGGAUUCUUAUUCACACAUCAUGAUUUUUCUAUGAAUUCUUGGGAAGGUGAUGAGAGAAAAGCUAUCUCAACGCCCUCAGAUUUAAUCAAGCAGCGGGCGGACUUGAAAGAUAAUCCGGAAGCAAUCCCUCUGAGUUUGAUAAACCGCAAAAAUCUGCAAGGGACAAAUAUUUUUGAAGAAAUUCGAAAGGCCCUCUUUGAGGAGAGGGUUAAAGAAUCUAAGGAACGGGCAGCAGCCAUUGCAUGGUGGAAUUCUUUGAGAUGCCAGAAAAAGCCUGCUUACUCUACAUCUCUAAGAAGUCUUUUAACCAUUCGGGGUCCUGUUGAUGCUAUGCACCAUCUUAAAGCUAAUUCUUCAUCUUACAUGUAUUCCUCAAUGCUCGCUGACAUAGUUCUUUCACCGGUCGAGCGUUUUCAGAAGAUAAUUGAGCUAGUUGAAGCUUUCACAUUUGCGAUUCCAGCUGCACGAGUGCCUUCACCUGCUUGUUGGUGCAGCAAAAGUGACUCUCCUGUUUUUAUUAGUCCAUCGUACAAGGAGAAAGUUACAGAUCUGUUGUCACCUCUUCUGUCACCGAUCAGACCUGCGAUUGUUAGGAGACAGGUUUAUUUUCCAGAUAGGAGGUUGAUACAGUUUGAUUGUGGUAAGCUGCAGCAGCUUGCUAUGUUAUUGAGAAAAUUAAAAUUUGGGGGUCACAGAGCGUUGAUAUUCACGCAAAUGACCAAAAUGCUUGACAUCUUGGAGGCUUUCAUCAGUUUAUACGGUUAUACCUAUAUGCGUCUUGACGGCUCUACUCCGCCAGAAGAGAGGCAGACAUUAAUGCAGCGAUUUAACACAAAUCCCAAGAUCUUUCUUUUCAUCUUGUCAACCCGAAGUGGGGGUGUUGGCAUCAACCUUGUGGGUGCAGACACAGUUAUUUUCUAUGACAGUGACUGGAAUCCUGCUAUGGAUCAACAAGCACAAGAUCGCUGCCACAGGAUAGGUCAGACACGGGAAGUGCAUAUUUAUCGGUUGAUAAGUGAGAGCACCAUUGAAGAGAAUAUCUUGAAGAAAGCAAACCAGAAGCGUGCGCUUGAUAAUCUAGUGAUCCAAAAUGGUGAGUAUAACACCGAGUUUUUCAAGAAGCUUGAUCCCAUGGAAUUGUUUUCUGGGCAUAAAGCUCUGACCAAGAAGGAUGAAAAGGAAAAAAACAAUAAUGGCGGGGCGGAGCUACCUCUGUCAAAUGCAGAUGUUGAGGCUGCUUUGAAACAAGCAGAAGAUGAAGCAGAUUAUAUGGCUCUCAAAAGAGUAGAAGAAGAAGAAGCUGUGGACAAUCAAGAGUUUACAGAAGAACCUGUUGAGAGACCAGACGACGAUGAGCUAGUAAAUGAAGAUGACGUAAAGUCUGAUGAGCCUGCUGAUCAAGGUGUAACUGCAGCAGGAUCAACCAAAGAAGAAAUUUCAUUGUUACCAACUGAUACCAGGGAUGAGAGAGCUGAUAUCACUAUUUCAAGCCAAGAAGAAGAUACUGAUGUACUAGCUGAUGUCAAGCAAAUGGCUGCAGCAGCCGCCGCUGCUGGACAAGCUAUCUCAUCUUUUGAGAAUCAGCUACGUCCUAUUGAUAGAUAUGCGAUUAGAUAUUUAGAGGUUUGGGACCCCAUCAUUGUUGAAGCUGCAAUGGAAAAUGAAGCGGGAUUUGAAGAAAAAGAAUGGGAACUUGACCACAUUGAGAAGUGCAAGGAGGAAAUGGAAGCUGAUAUUGAUGAUGGUGAAGAGCCUCUUGUUUAUGAGAAAUGGGAUGCUGAUUUUGCAACCGAGGCAUACAGGCAGCAAGUUGAAGUUUUAGCUCAGCACCAGUUGAUGGAAGAUUUGGAAAAUGAAGCUAGGGAGAGGGAAGCUGCAGAGGAGGCUGAAAGAGUUUUGAUACUGAACGAAAGCGCUCCUGUACUUAAACCUAAGAAGAAGAAGAAGGCGAAGAAAGCCAAAUAUAAAUCACUGAAGAAAGGAUCACUGGCUGCGGAACCAAAACAUGUGAAGAUGGAGGUUGAAGCUUCGUCCGAUGAUGAUAAUGAAGAAUGCGGCUAUGUGAGUAGCAGUGACUCAGAAAUGCUUUCGCGGCAUUUCCGGACGCCAGUGAGAACCAAGAAAAGAGAAUUAGUCGUUGACACUGAAGAAGAGAAUACCUCGAAGAAGAAAGCAAAGAAGCACAAGAAGUCUCUUCCACAUUCAGAUAUCAAAUGCAAGCAAUUAAGUGCUCCGCUUGAUGAACAUGCACCAUCAAAGCCUUCUGACAGUAUGGCUGUUGAUAAUGAAAUGAAACUGGCAAACAGGGGUAAAACUAUGGGGAAAAAAUUCAUCACUCCAAUGCCAAUAAAGCGUGUGCUUAUGAUCAAGCCAGAGAAAUUGAAGAAAGGGAAUCUGUGGUCUAGGGACUGUGUUCCCUCGCCUGAUUCAUGGUUGCCUCAGGAAGAUGCCAUAUUGUGUGCCAUGGUUCAUGAAUAUGGGCCUAACUGGAGUUUGGUUAGCGGGACUCUUUAUGGAAUGACAGCUGGUGGGGCAUACAGAGGACGGUAUCGCCAUCCUGCAUAUUGCUGUGAGAGAUAUAGAGAGCUUAUUCAACGACAUAUUUUGUCUGCUCCCGACAGUGCAGUGAACGAGAAGAACCUCAACGCAGGUUCUGGAAAGGCUCUCCUUAAAGUCACUGAGGAAAAUAUCAGGUCACUCCUAAACGUUGCAGCAGAGCAGCCAGAUACGGAGAUGCUCCUUCAGAAACAUUUUACCUGCUUGCUGUCAUCAAUUUGGAGGACGUCGACCCGCACUGGGAACGAUCAAAUGCUCUCCCUCAAUAGUCCAAUAUUCAACAGACAGUUUAUGGGUUCUGCGAAUCACACUCAAGAUGAAGCAAGAAAACCUUUUCAGGGGAUGAAGAUCACCAGCUUAAGUAGCAAGUUGUUAGAAUCUGCUCUCCAGGACUCAAGCAAGAGUCAGCCUAACGAUACCGUUUCCCGUUCUAGAGUACCGGAGGAUCAACCUAUCAAUAAAGUGAAAUUAGACCUAACCUUGGAAUUCCCGCUUGGCUAUGAUGAUUACCCAACUCAUUUUUCACCCAUCAUAAAGGUAUCCAUUGAUGAGAUGGAUUCAUUCAAUUAUGUGAAUGACCCUCCAGAGGAAGAUAAGCUAAAAGCUUCUCGGGUUGCUGCAGAGAACCGUUACAGAAAUUCUGCAAAUGCUUGUUUUGAAGAUUCAUUUGGAUGGGCUUCAAGCACGUUUCCAGCAUAUGAUCUGAAGUCAAGGACAGGCAUGAAAGCACAAUCCCUGGGGAAGCACAAACUAUCCGCCUCAGACACACCCAAGUCUACAAAAAGCAAACAGCGUAAACUCUCAGCAGCAGAGCAAUCGGAAGUGGGAUGGGUAAGGCCAAAUGAUCCGAAUCUCAAGUUUGAUUUCACACCUGCGGAUAAGGAGGAGGACGAGGAGGAGAAGGCGGAUUCAGACGAGAUAGAGAUGAUAGGUUGUUCACAUUUGUAUGAUCCUUUCUUUACCUCAGGCCUUGGUGAUUGCUCACUAGCUUCCGAUCUCUCAGAACUAGAGUAG